CUUCAGACGAUUGAAAGACUUCAACUCCGAGACCCUCGGACCCUGAGACCCUGAUCAACAGGGCUCAAUUCCCUUCACAAAUAACACCCCCUUGGACCUCAAUUAGCACAUCUAUGAAGACAAAAAACACCUCUAUACAACGCCAUCUGCCUCACUGAGACCUGGCAAUCCCAACGUUAAAUGUCUCAGAUUGACUUUGGAACGGCUACAACAAGCUUCGCUAAGCCGAACUCUUCAGUUCGCAGUGGGGCCCACAUGAAACUACCCGAACGACUAAUUCCUUUUUUCCCCUGUAUCUUUCAUCUUACCUAGGGGAUACUAGUGAAAGGCUAGUAACUUAGCACCCCUAAUGAUACCGUGCACUAUGCCAGAAUAGUAUCUGGGAAAUGAUUAUAAAGUAUUCACGGGGUCAUGGGCGCAGAGAUUUCGCUAUCCGUCCUCCUCAGAGUCUUUCCACUUUGUUUGCUAUGCCCCAGAGUCACUUUUCCUGUCUCCUCAUAUCUCCUCGCGUUCCUGUUUACUCUUGAUCCCACGAUGGAUUUCAUUCCUUGUUCGUUCGAUGCUUUCAUUGACAAUUUCUUGGCGUGCUACCGACCCUGCUACUCGGACUAUCUCCAGCAGUUGGUCACCAACGGGACCUGUGGUGCUAACUACACUACCCUGGCCGCCAGCACCGACCGCUCCGAUCUCAAGUGCAUCUGCGAGAACGCAAACGGGGUCUCCAAUAAUUGGACGUCGCAGGUUCUGGAGUGCACGCGCUCCUCGUGUAACGGAACAUUCAACUACACCCGGUGGGCAGACAGCAUGUGGAGCUACGAUAACAUGUGCUAUUACGCUUCAGGCACGGCGGGCUACAAAACAUGCUCCUCCUCAGCGGCAUCCAAGACAGCAUCCACCGCUGGGCUGGUGAUUGGACUAUUAGCGUUGAGCCAAGUAUUUUUUCUUUGAGGUCGUAUGAAAUAAAUGCAGUGACCUGGUUUACUAGCUACUUUGUAACCAGGGAGGAGAGUUGGCCUGCAGAAGGGCACUGUACAAGCUGGGAUCUUAAAGAAUAUUCAUUUCC